AUGUCUCACAAUACAAACACAAUACCACAUUCAAAGUCAGUUAAUUCUAUAGAUAAAAAUGGUUGCACACCACUUCACAGAGCAUGUAUGGACAGUAACUAUGAAGAGGUUGAUAAAUUGUUAUGCUAUGAAGCAGUGGAUAUCAAUGUUACUGAUAACAAUGGACGCACACCACUUUUUUAUGCUUGUGAGGAGGGUAAUGAAAAAAUUAUUCAACUUCUUAUUGCAUCUGAAAAUAAAAAGGAUCCCGCAAAAUUUAAUCUUAUUAAAUGUGACAUCAAUCAUGUUGAUACUUAUAAACGUACAGCACUUCAUAUUGCCAGUUUAAAAGGACAUACACAAGUAGUCCAACUAUUAUUGGAGCAUAAAGCUAAUGUCAAUCUCGCUGAUAAAGAUAAACGUACAGCACUUGAUAUGGCUUGCAUAGAAGGGCAUACAUAUGUAGUUAAGCUAUUACUGAACCAUGGUGGAGUUGACAUCAAUCGCACUGACACAAGAAAAUGUACGCCACUUCAAUAUGCCUGCAUGAAAGGACAUACACAAGUAGUUGAACUACUAUUGGAGCAUAAAGCUAAUAUUAAUCUCAUGAAUGAGAGUUAUGGA